AUGUCUUCAGUUCCACCAGGAGGUCUAAUUCUUGUUACCGGCGCUAACGGAUAUAUUGCCAGCGUUGCUAUCCAAGUUUUCCUACAACGCGGCUACUGUGUUCGUGGUACUGUACGCUCCGUCGCCUCCAAUGCCUGGAUGAAGGCAUACUUCGGUCCCAAAUUCGAACUUGUUGAGUUACCGGAUAUUCAUACUCCAGGAGCCUUCGACGGGGCUCUUAAAGGAGUGGAUGGCGUCGCCCACAUCGCUAUGAACAUGGAUAUGAACCCACAAAACCAAGCUAUCAUCGAACAAACUAUCAAAUCCAACCUGCAGCUUUUAGAAGCUGCAGCAAAGGAACUCAGUGUUAAGAGUGUUGUUAUAACGUCUUCCUUAGCUGCCUGCGCACUCCCGACUACCGGCAAGCCGUACAAGAUUAACUCGACUACCUGGAAUACUGAAGCCAUUGACCAAACGAUCAAGCCAUGGAACUCCGAGGGCAACCCCCGUUGGCAUGGAAUUAUCCUCUACGGUGCUUCUAAGGCGCGCGGUGAGCAGGAAGCCUUUGCAUGGGUGCAUGAGUAUAAGCCAGCCUUCUCCUUCAAUACAGUUGUGCCAAACGUAAACUUCGGCAUAGCUGUAUCACCCGAGAACAUGAGCUAUCGCAGCACCUCUGCCGUUCUCGAUGCUGUGGUUAAGGGCUACCCUGCUACACCAUCGAUUGUGCCGCCACAGUGGUAUGUCGAUGUUGAGGAUACGGCGCUGCUACACUUGGCCGCCUUGACACUCGAUGGUGUGAACCAAGAACGUCUUCUGGCCUUUGCAGGAAAAUACUCGUGGACGCAGCUUCUGGAUAUAUUGCAUAGACGGUAUCCCCAGAAGAUUUUGUUACAGUCAGUUGAGGAAUCGGUUGUGGAUGCUGGCGAGGUGGAUAAUGAGCGCAGCAUCGAAUUGCUGAAGAGGAUGGGUAAGGAGGAGGGGUUUACGUCGUUGGAGGAUACACUUGUUAAGGCUGUGGACACCAUUAUUGAAAACCAAUCCAAGAAUGUACCUAAGACGAGGAUAGAUCUUUUUUAUGAGUCUCUGGCUAGCAAGCCCGCUGAUGAUAGUUGA